AUGACCCCCUUGUUUCUGCUGUGUGUGUCCUUACCACUCAUCUUGGCAACAAUAUCUUCUGAAGACCAUGAUAAUGUUGAAAGCACAUUACGUGUCAGCAUCCCUGUGGAGAUGCCUCUUCAUCCUCUCCUGGGGGGAAAGGUGGUGGUGCCAUGUUACUUCCUGGAUAAGAGCCUCAAUGACACUGGAGCCCUGACCAUUGCCACACUCUCCCACCGCAUUAAAUGGACCUACAUCACCAAGGACAAAGUCGACACCAUCUUAGUGGCAUCGCAGGGCAAAGUUGAGGUCAAGCAAGAUUAUUUGGACAGAGCGAUGUUGGUUAACUACCCGCUGGUGCCCACUGAUGCUACCAUGGAAAUGACAGAGCUUAGGUCCAAGGAUUCUGGCAUCUACCGCUGUGAGGUGACACAUGGCAUCGAGCACAACUACGAUACUGUGGAAAUGCAAGUUCAGGGUAUUGUGUUCCACUACCGUGCCAUCUCCACGCGUUACACCUUGACAUUUGAGAAGGCCAAGGCAGCCUGUAUCCAGAACAGUGCCACCAUUGCUACCCCAGCCCAACUGCAGGCUGCAUAUGAUGAUGGAUUCAACCAGUGUGAUGCUGGAUGGCUUUCUGAUCAGACGGUCAGGUACCCCAUCCAUCAUCCACGAGAACCCUGCUACGGAGACAAGAGAGAACUUCCUGGUGUCAGGACCUAUGGGGUGAGAGACGUCAACGAGACCUACGACGUGUAUUGUUUUGCUGAAAAGAUGCCAGGCAGAGUCUUCUACUCUAUGUCUGUAGAGAAGUUUAGCUUCUACGAGGCAAAAGAUCAGUGUGCUAAACUUGGUGCCAGACUUGCCACCACAGGAGAGCUUUACCUCGCCUGGAAGAAUGGUAUGGACGUGUGUAAUGCUGGCUGGCUGGCAGACAGGAGUGUACGAUACCCUAUCAACAUCGCCAGGCCUCAGUGCGGAGGGGGCCUCCUGGGAGUGAGAACCGUCUACCUGUUCCCCAACCAGACUGGGUACCCCUAUCCAGACGAUCGCCAUGAUGCCAUUUGCUUCCAAGCCGAUGAAGACAAAGAUGCCGUGCCUGGGCGGACCACUCCAUUCCCAUACAUUGUUACCGUGGCGCCUCCUGCUAAGGUGCCGGGCAUCAUCCCUUCAUCUGAAAAAGAAGAGGCCAAAACUGGAGAAGUAGUAACUCUGCCCCCACUACCUAUACCUCCAAGUAUGACAGAUGUAGAUGCCCCUAUGGCUCCGACUGGUGUGGUGUUCCACUAUCGACCCAUUACUGGUCGGUAUAUUCUAACGUUUUUGGAGGCUCAGCAGGCUUGCCAGAACAUUGGGGCAGUCAUUGCCAGUCCUCAGCAGCUGCAGGCAGCCUUUGAGAAAGGUCUGCAUCAAUGUGACGCCGGCUGGUUAAGCGACCAAACUGUCCGGUAUCCAAUUGUGUCACCCAGAGAAAACUGUGCUGGUAACCUUCUAGACCUCAAAGGAGUCAGAUCCUAUGGCCUGAGACCAGCCACUGAACUCUAUGAUGUAUACUGCUAUGUUGAACGUUUGACAGGUGUGGUCUUCUUCACCACUGACUAUGGCAGAUUCUCCUAUGAGGAGGCUGUGCAUCACUGUGAGAAACUUAAUGCCACCCUGGCCACUCCUGGGGAGCUCUAUGCUGCCUGGAAUCAAGGACUUGACCAGUGCAGUCCCGGCUGGUUGAUGGAUCGCAGUGUCCGCUUCCCUAUCACAACCCCCAGGUCUCACUGUGGAGGCAACCAGGUGGGAGUCCACACCAUCUACGCCUACCCCAACCAGACAGGCUUCCCCAGUGAGGACUUGCAAUAUGAUGCCUACUGUUUUAGAGGUAGGAAUGGGUUAAAUGUGGAUUCAUUUAUGUCUGAAGUUCCCGUUGUUCAUGUUGACAAUGAAACCAGUGUAAAUUUGACCACAGUGACUGAGGAUGUUAUCAACAAGACAAUAGCUAUCACUGAUAGCACUGUUGCAGCUACUGUAGACUACAAUGAAACUGAAACCAGUACAAACAUUACUGAUAUUGACUUUGUCAAUGAGACCAUCAUCACACCUCAAAAAGUUAUUCCUACAGUCAAAACCAUUCCGGUACCAGUUGAUUUUUCGGGCUCUGGUUCAGCUGAACAUUCAGCCAGUGGAGAUUUCUCUGGAGUGUCUGGCACCUCCACCUCCAGCGGUGAUGGAUCUGGGUCAGAUGUGGAAGUCAAGUUUAGCGGAGACAGGGAUGUCUUCUCUGGAGACCAGUCUACCUCUGGAGAACAACAGGAGGCAGAAAGGGGAAGUGUUGACAUUUUCACAUCUGGAGAACCUGGUAGUGCAUCUGGAGAUCUGGGUAGUACAUCUGGAGAACCUGGUAGUCCAUCUGGAGAUCUUGGAAGUGCAUCUGGAGAUCUUGGUAGUGCAUCUGGAUAUCUGGGUAGUGCGUCUGGAGAUCUUGGAAGUGCCUCUGGAGAUCUUAGUAGUGCAUCUGGAGAUCUUGGAAGUGCAUCUGGAGAUCUUGGAAGUGCCUCUGGAGAUCUUGGAAGUGCCUCUGGAGAUCUUGGAAGUGCCUCUGGAGACCUUGGAAGUGCAUCUGGAGAUCUUGGUAGUGCAUCUGGAGAAACUGGCACGGUAUCUGGAUCUGGGGAGGGGUUUGACAAAGAAUACUCUGGCUUCAUUACAUCUGGAUCAGGUUUUCCCAGUGGAAGUGGGGACACCAGUGGCAGCAGCGGAGACUCCAUAAUAAUCAUGUUAGAUGGAAAGAUGGUGGAAGUUUCACAAACCCAGCAAAAGGCCACCGAGCAGGAACUAGGUCGAGCAGGAUUUGAUAUCUUGGAAUCAAGUGCAUCUGGGUCAGGAGGUAUGUCUGCAUCAGGUUCCCAAGAGUUUUCAGGUCGCAUUGACUUGAUGGUCCUAACAUCUCUGGAGACUGAGUUGUCUGGAUAUCCCAUUGGAUCAGGGUUUCACAGUGGCUUUUCCAGUGGUUUUCCAUCUGGUUUUUCUGGCAGUGGCUCUGCCUCUGGACACUCUUUGCAGCAUCACGAUGAUGUUAUCUACUUAACAGAUGAUGAAAUGGUAGAAAUGACUCUACCAACACUGGUACAACAUCCUGAGCAGGGCAGGGGUGUGGUGGAGAUAAGUGGGCAAGGAAGUGGUUCAGGGAACAGCAUUUUAGAUCAAAUCUUGCAGCCAUCAGGAAGUGGCACCACUCUGAAUUUGGAGGAACUUCAGAUUUAUUCAGCUUAUGAUCAAUCAGGACAUGAGGAAAAAGUCCAGGAGGGGAGCACACCCUACAUCAGUCCAAUCACAGUACCAUCUGUGUCUUUAGUCACUCCUGCUGUUGUGGAGGAGCCAGAAGUGAAGAAAGCUGUGCAGGACUGUCCCGAUGACUGGGUGGAGUUUAUGGGCAGCUGUUACCGCCACUUUACAGAGAGAGACACUUGGGCUGAAGCUGAGAAACACUGUCAGGAACUCAAUGCCCACCUGGUCAGCAUCAGCUCCCAGGAGGAGCAGCAGUUUCUCAUCUCUAACGGUGAGGAAUACCAGUGGAUUGGACUCAGUGACAAAGAUAUGCAGAAUGUGUUCCGCUGGACAGACGGGAGUCCCCUGACCUUUGAGAACUGGAGGCCCAACCAACCAGAUAACUACUUUGACUCUGGUGAAGAUUGUGUGGUUAUGAUCUGGCAUGAGGGUGGACAGUGGAAUGACGUGCCCUGCAACUAUGACCUUCCCUUCACCUGCAAGACUGGACCCGUCAUGUGUGGCCCUCCCCCUGAGGUGGAACAUGCCCAGCCGAUGGGCAACAUCACACCACGCAGCCCUGUCAACUCUAUAGUCCGCUACCAGUGUGAUGCAGGCUACAAACAGCGCCACCUGCCUGUCAUACGCUGUAUGGAUGACGGACAAUGGACAGAGCCGCAAGUGGAAUGUACAGAAGCUGGUGCCAGCCAUAACAGGCUAAACAAAAGAUCCCUCAGGAGAAGAAGUAAAGGAGUGAGCACCCCGUGGGAGCAGAGGAAACUGCCCUGA